CGUCUUUCCGUCAUCUAACAAUGAGCUGGUGGAAAAAAGACUCCGAGACUACCUGGUUCAGAGGGUUGGUGGAAGAAGAAGUGAGCGUCGUGGGAGGGCGGGCCACCUGUGACGGAGUGGAGAGGAGUCUCAAGAGCGAGUCAGUCCCAGUCAGUGUGUGUGUGUUUGUGUGUGCACAGGCGUUUUAAAGUCCAGUUUGAUUAUCUUGAGCUCAAGGAAACGUACAUAUCCUUCUCCUCGAGGAAUUUCUACGUGAUUCAGGUUUCUUCUACAGCACAGUGGAAGAGGCUGCCUGCUUGCCUGCCAGUGUUUGUGCGUGGGCGUGUGUGCAUGCAGGGGUGUAUGUGAGUCGUAAGGUGAUGUGAUGUUUGUGUGAGUGCCUCUGCAACCUGUUCAGAGAGCGCGUGUCCCAUGAGACGCUCGGCGGAGAUGCAGGGAGCUCGAUCCUCUGCGCUGCGGCUCCUGCUGCUAAUCUGCUGUGUGUGUGCGACAGCCGGCUACCCAUUCAAAACGCCCCUGGACCUGGAUGUGAUUCCACGCGUUACAGUGUUGAGCAAUGGUCUCCAGGGCUGCAGGCGUUUCCAGUCCUCUGCAGUCAACUACAGCACCAUGUUGCUGGAGGCUGACAGUGAGCGGCUCUACGUUGGGGCCCGGGGGGCUGUAUUCGCUCUCAAUGCCUCUGACAUCUCAGCCAGCUCUGCUCCCACUAUUGAGUGGGAGGCCUCCUCCGAGCAAAAACGUCAGUGUCUGCUCAAGGGAAAAGACAAUAAGACGGAGUGUUUUAAUCACAUCCGCUUCCUCCAGAGGUUCAACUCGACUCAUCUCUACAUGUGUGGGACUCAUGCCUUCAGACCCCUCUGUGCAUACAUAGACGAGGAGAGGUUUGUCAUGUCAUCUCAGCCUGAAGAGGGCAGAGACAAAUGUCCUUAUGGCCCGACAACGGGUUACACUGCCCUCAUCAUCGACCAGCAGAUGUAUACAGCUUCUCAGUAUGAGUUCAGGAGCUUUCCAGAUAUCCGCCGAAACUCUCCAUCUCCCACAUUGAAGACAGAAGAUGCCCCCACACGCUGGCUGAAUGAGGCAGACUUUGUGGGUUCUGCGUUGGUGAGGGAGAGUUUGGGCAGCAGUACGGGCGACGAUGAUAAGAUCUACUUCUUCUUCACGGAAAGGAGCCAGGAGCAAACAACAACGUACAGCCACAGCAGGGUGGCACGAGUCGCCCGUGUUUGUAAAGGGGACCGGGGAGGCCAUUUAACUCUCCAGAAACGCUGGACAUCCUUCCUCAAGGCCAGGCUGACAUGUUCUCUGCCUGAGUACGACUUCCACUUCAACAUGCUGCGCAGCAUGUUCGUUAUGCCUGGAAACACACCGCAGGACACACUCUUCUAUGGCAUAUUCGGCCUGGAGUGGAAAAAUGUGAAGGCGUCUGCGGUGUGUCGGUUCUCUCUGUCUGAAGUCCAAGAGGCUUUUCAAGGACCCUACAUGGAAAACCAGGACUCUGGCUCUAAAUGGAAGGAAUAUACCGGAAAGAUCCCUGACCCACGACCUGGAACGUGUAUAACUGACGCUCUAAGGGCCAGGGACAUGAACGUGUCCACCUCUCUGCCUGAUGAUGUGCUGGACUUUGUCAGGAGGCAUCCUCUGAUGUCCCAGCAGAUCCAGCCGUCAGACAGACGCCCACUUUUGUUCAGGAGGACCACAGACUACACCCAAAUGGCUGUAUACAUGAUCCAAGGCAUAGACGGACAAACACACCAUGUAUUAUACAUGGGCACAGAUGAAGGCUGGUUACAUAAAGCUGUAGAAGUUGAGGGGGAGCUGCACAUUAUCGAGGAGCUUCAAGUCUUUGAGGAGCAGCAGCCUGUUAACAACGUACUAAUAUCUACAAAACAGAUGAGCGUAUACGUGGGCUCUCCAUCAGGCGUGGUGCAGCUUCCCCUCUCUAACUGUCGCAGAUACACCUCUUGCUACGACUGCAUCUUUGCCAGGGACCCUCACUGUGCCUGGGACGGAGCCCAGUGUGUGGACAUACUGGCACAUGUAGACAGAUCCACUUUAAUCCAGGACAUCCAGCAUGGCAACAGAGGAUGUGAGAACACACAAACUGACGUUGUCCUGCGGAGCCGUACCGUGCGGGUGGGUGAUGACGUGCUGCUGCAGUGUGAGCUCAGUUCCAACCUGGCGACGCCUCUCUGGACUCUGGAUGGCAGCGAGCUGCAAGGCUACGGCCUCAACUCUGGCUUCAGAACCGGCACCGAUGGACUGCUGAUCAUCGAGGCCCGGCAGGACCAGAGUGGGCUGUACACCUGCUACGCUGUUGAGAACAAUAUCAAGGUCGGCAUAGUUACCUAUAAUGUCACUAUCUGCCUGGACGUGCAGCCGCCCCCACCUGUAGAGCCAACUGAAGACCUUUACAGUAUCUUCACCACCGUGGCACCACCCACUGAACAUGCCUCCUCCGAGAGGCCCCUGCCGCCACCCCCAGCCCCUCUCCUCCCCCACUCAGAGCUGCUCUCCCCCAGGAACAUGGAGGCCAUGUACCUGUCCCUGAUCACCAUCCUCGGAGGCCUGUGCGUGGUGCUCACCGUGGUCCUUGUCUAUGUGGGUUUCUGCCUGCGUGUGGGCCACAGAGGGAAGUAUUCAUUACGUGCUGCAGCUGCUGCCUACCCGAACAGUAAGAAGAACAACAGGAACAGAAAACAGCACAGAAACUCCUCUCACAUGGAGCUGAAGACCAUCUCGAGCCACUGUAACGGGAACGGCAUUUGUAAUGGAGUUUCAAAGCAGCAUAACGGCGGCACCCAGGACGGAGGUUUCCUUCAGAUUGUCCCCGGCGAGGGUCACCCAUCACCCAAUAAGGGGCCUCCGCCCCCGGCACCUCCUCUCCCACCGACUCCACAACUUCCCUCUCCGGAGUGUGACUUCCCCAACGGGCUGUCGGCCACGCUCCCCAGUGUCCUGAGGAGGAUGAAUGGCAACAGCUACGUGCUGCUGAGGCAGAGCGACUCUGAAAACACCUCACCCAGCUGCUACUCCUUUGCCGAGGAGCUCAACAAGAUCUUAGAGAAGAGGAAGCACACUCUACUGCUGCCCAGGCCAGAUGAGAGCUCCGUGUAGAGAGAGGUAGCUCCCCCUGUGGUGGGAGGACUGCCGUGUUGUUACCUGGUGCUGAAGUGCCUGUCACAUGACUCAUUAUUGUCGAGGACUAAAGCAAUGAGAGUCUUAUCUGCUUUCUUUACUUUGGAUUUUUUUCCCCAUUGACACACUUUUUGAACCUUUGAGCUGUUCAUCAACCUUAAUUCCUAAAUUUCCCAACACAUAACAAACAAGAAUGAGAAAUGAAGGACCGACCAUGUAAUCUACCUCACCUCAAUACUGCCCAGAAGGACGUGCAGCCAGUCUGCAGUCUGAUUUUAGUAUCAGGGGCUGAGAUCUCAGCCACAGAAAGAUCUCGGAUCCACAAAGCACAAGCGGAGACGCACAGACUCCAACGAGGAGCAGAGCCCAGCGGGAAUAUAAAUACAUGUGAAGACUUCUGCUGUGCGCCGGCCAUAUUUGGCUUUCAACUGGAGGGCAGCUAGCCAAAGUUUGUUUGCACUGACAAGUGCACAGAUGGGCUUUGCAUUUUUAAAACAUGACAUUCAUGGUCUAUAAAUAUUGAGGGAGAUGGACGUGGUGAGCAGGGGAAUUUUGUGCGCAAUGUUUUCACUUUUAAUACAGACUUAACCUAUUGCAAUAACCAACACACAAUAAUAUACAGUAACUCAUGACAGCACAAGACACCCUACACCAGCCAUCAUUAAGAAAUGGUGAAUUAAUCAUUAUUUAAUAUUACUAUUAACCUGAAUGUCAAGUUCAGUAAUUGAUGAUUUAUUUAAUACAUUGUUUUAGAUGGAUCAUUAUGAUGUUAAUUUAAUACUUUAUUCAAUUAAUAAUGGAUGGUAAUAUUAAUAAUUAAAGUAAUCAUAUAGAGGUGGUGUUAAAAUAAGUAACAAUAAACAAUUUGUUGGAAAUUACAAAAUAUGCAGGUAAACUUUAAAUAUUAUUCACAUUACUGUACCCGGAGCUCUAAAUUACAGUGGCAGCUGAGUCUCCAAAUGCAUCAUAAAUGGUUAAAACUUGCUUUGUCAUGUCAGGCACAUAAAUUUACAUAAACAUUAGAGUCCACAUUAUAUAUAAAAAGCACAAGCUAUUAAAGAAUAAACAAGGAAAUAAUUUAACUUUUAUAUCAGUGAAGAAAUAUUAAAUAGUGAUUAUUUCACUGUGAAGUGUUAAUAGACAAUUUGAAGAAAAUGUGACAGUAUUAUUGAUUUCAAUGCACUUUAUAUGCCAGUUUUAAAUCGACUGGGAAAGUUAAUGGACGCUUUUAUGAAAUUUGACUCUGCAACCUGUCGAAGCAGCAGCAGCAGGUCCAGAGGAGCUUUUUGAUUGGACGUUUCUCAGUAUGAAGAGCUGCAGCAGUGAAGGCCACAGCUGUGCCUGCUGGACCUUGUUUGACACAAGUGGAUUAGAAGGAAAACAUUGACUGUCUCAGCCGAGCCCGACUCUACCGCUGUGUGACACCCCGCAUGCACAGGAUGACAGACUGGGCGAUGAACACAGCGUUCACCAAAAGCAUCCAAGUUUGCAGGUCUGAUAUGCACAGGUCAGUUUCGAUAUCAUUCCCGGGGAUACCAUCUCCCAACCAGUGUCAGAUGGCAGGACCGGCUGCAGAGAUGUUCUUUUAAUGAGCGGUGAAAUGAAAUUCACCAUCAUUAGUGGACAGUGAAGAGGCUGAGAGGCUGGAUAAGGGCUACAGCAUGAGAGUCUCUGCACCUACAGCUCUGCCUCCCAACAACUGGAAUGAAAAUCGUUGUCUGCAGUGUCUCACUGAGCAACGUUUGUUCUUCACAGAGCCACUCUUUGUCCGCAGAGAGCGUCCUUGCCUCUGUUUAAAUGCAAAUUCGACGUAUAAUGACCUUUUUUUCUCACACUUGCUGCAUGAAUUAUUUUUCAGCACUGCUGUUUUUAUUUUCUCGUUAAGGUAACAACAAGGAGAACUCACCAUCAAUAUUAAUGAAAAGUGCCAAGGUUGAUGUUUAAAAAAAAAAGUGCUUUGUGAGCCAAUUUUUCUGCAAAACCAGAAGAAAAAAAGAGGCAUAUUUAUUUUGUAAUUUUGUACAUUGUGUUUUUGAGGUUAUUGUUAAUGUCACUGUUUAAGUGCCACUUGUGAGACACCGUCCUGAUAAAUAGGAGGGUCACAUGUUGCCUGUGUUGCACAUAAUGUGAUAAAUAGGAGCACGGUAGCCAAAAGCAUGCAGAGGCUGUACCAGCACCACAGAGUUUAAUAUUUAUAACCUACUAAUGGGAGGAAAAAUACACCAAUUUACCUAUUCACUGUAACCUAUAAAUGAGGGAUCAUUCAGCUUUUCUGUCACUGCAGUGUUCACAUAUUACUUUUGAUCUCUAUUUGCAUGUUACACCAUGCUUGUGCACACAGUAAAUCAAAUUAUUUUUAUUAAUCUCUCACAAAGAAUAACAGGGCAGUGGGUUCCUUCGCAUUUCACACAUACUGACUUCAAAUAAAACUUUGUAUUU